AUGCGCCUUUUCUUGAUCCCUAUCUCGACCCGACGGGCGUUGAUAUAUGCGCGACCGCUUCGAAGAGACGCCGCCAAGGAGCUUUCGAUAUUGGACCGCGUGACGACAAAGGCGGCGCAAACAUGGGCUGGUUGGGAGGAAGCUGAGAAGGGCUGGAAGAAACACCUGGUGACCUGGGGAAAUAAGGUCCAGCAACGGAUCCCAUUUGAAGAAUGGGGUCUCAAGAGCAUUCCGUCCCUCACGACACAGCGACGAAUCGAUGAGCAGUAUGGGUCUAAGAAAAUUGAAGUUCUAUACCCAGCAAAUGCUCUGCGAUUGGAAAAAGUCCCCACCAUUCUGCGUACCAUCGCCACGGAACGGCAGGAGUUCCAUCAAAAGAAGAUGCGGUGGAGCCUCGGCAUAGCCCCUUUGACAGCACCCUUCGCUUUGAUCCCAAUAGUCCCGAAUAUUCCUUUCUUCUACCUGGUCUACCGAGGAUGGUCUCACUGGCGCGCAUUGAAUGGCUCUCGCCAUCUCGAGUUCCUUGUUGAAAAGAACCUUAUCAACCCUAUAUCUCCCCCGGAAUUGGAGGAGCUGUACGCCAAACGAGCCUCGCGCACUCUUGACAACAUACCGGCCGAUACACCCGCGUCUGGUAUGGUUGAUGGUAUGGAGCAAAGCGAUGAUCGUAUAUUACUUAAGAUGUCCGACGCAAAAAGGCUGGCAUCCAUUUUCGAAGCACCGGAGUUGGCGCUGGAAGCGGAGCGAGCCAUCAUCCAAGUUGGUGAGCAGCUGGAGGCCAAGAAGGCGAAAGCGAAGGAAGACGACCUAAAAAAUGAAAAGAAAGAUUCAUGA